UAAACCUUUGACAGGCUCACAGUGGCAUCUCAGCUGUUCAUUCAACAUGAUGGCUGUUUGGUGUACUGCAGGGGCUUUGCUCCUUGUUUUGCUGACUGGUUUGAGUUACAGCUACCCUAUGCAGCAAGGCAUUUCCUGGGCUGUUGCACCUCCCAGUCCCUUUUCUGCUGGAGCAUCCACAGGACCUAGCACUCAGCAGUUUGCUUCCAGUGGACCUGCCCUUCGACCACUUGGCCUUAACUUUGUGAUCCAGCCUGACUAUUUUCUUCCACAGUACCAGGCAGGGGAACUUUUCCAGGAACAGAAAAUCUUCGAGCAAGGCAACUCUGAAUCUGAGAACGAAGCGCGAGGUUCCAUGCCACCACCUCGUUUUGUCUAUGCUGCACAGCCUUCACAAGGCUUUAAUGGAGGACCUGUGCCAUCAGGCCUGGUCCCCUAUCCUUACCCUUCCUAUGACUACAUGUUCCUGACUGGCCAGUAUCCUCCAGGCACGUAUACUUAUACCAGCAACAGCUUUGAGCAGGGGAGGGACAGCGGCGAGAACGCUCACUACACAAGGGACAACUCUCCCAGCACUCAGCAGGCCAAGAACAUCCCUUAUAGACGUCGCACCGUCAGGCAGGCGAGUAUUGGGAGUGCUGGUCAGAGUGGCGCAGCGACUGGACAACCGCAGCCCUACAGUGGAGUUGGUGUAAAAGGUUCUUACUCGCAGCUGGGUCGACACCGCCGGGGAGCUCCAAGAGCAUUUCUGAAGAAGGUACUGUUCUGUGCUUCAGUUGGCAGGAUAUUUUCAGAGUUUGAGAUUAACAUGUUUCCUUUCCUGUCUUUCAGGUUGGCUAAAGGGUGACACUGAAGUCCUUGUCAAUAAAGAAUAUAACUUUUA